AAAUGAUGCAGAUAAGAGAUUUGACUUAGACGGAAUUGUUUAACAUUACGGACGUUUCCCACCUGUUGUUUUUGCAUUGAACUUAGUGGGACGUGUUUUUGGGUGUUGUUAAAAAAUGUCGUCAAAAAAUUUAAAGUUGCACAUCAAAACUGUACCGGAGGCUUCGGUUUAAUUCCACUAUCAGUUGCGGCUUCGCAUUUACUCAAGGAUGACCUUCCUUUAGUGCUAACAGAUGCCCAAAUUAAGUCGUAGCUAAAAUAUCGCAUGUACGCAGUAUUUUAUUGCGCAUUCUUUAAAAAAAAAAGUCGGACCUACAGGGGGAAUAUCCGCUGGAAGGACUGGCAACAGCGCAGAGCGCGACACACUUUGUCGAGUGGUGGAGACUCCGCUGCGAGCACGUUUGAUGGCACCAAAACAAUUGGAUUUUCAAUUGUCCGUUCAUGUGUUUAUUUGACAGGUUGUCCGAAGGUUUUUGUUGUGAGCGUGUUUUUAACGAUACGGCGCUGAGAAUGUGUGACAUGUUAAGAAUGGGGACCGACUCGCCAACUUUUCCGGACGAGUUUUCCGAAAAUGUACCAGUCAACAUUUCCGAACAGGACAUCAAAGACUUGCUGGUUUACUUCGAGAAGAACGAGUACGAAGCUGCGUCCGAAUCCGUGGAGAGUUCGCAGAUUAUGAAAUGCGCUCUGGAACUGCUGAAGAGGGACUAUAAAUUUAUGGUGUUGAAUAACAAGAAUGGUAACAUUUGCCCCACAUAUCCGAGUCAUCUGCCAAUCAUCACAGAGGACAAGAAUGUGGAUGACUACAAUGACACCUACUCAUUCACCGCUGAAGAACUGUACACAAUGUUCUUAAAGUCAAAAGAUGCCAGGUGUCGCAACCGCACGGUGAUGCCGGUGAUCUUCUACAAGAACAGAUACGUGUGCCGGUCGGCGACGAUUUCAUGCGGUUGCGAGAUGUUUCUGAAGCGGGGCUUCAGCUUCUUCUACAGGUUGUUCGGCUACGAAGCCGAGGACGCCGUGUGUCGUGGUGCCUGUUGCGACAGUGACCUAACGGAAUCGGAACGACUGAAAAUCGAACCGCCGGUCGUGAAUAACGACGUUGUGCCGGACAACGAGGACGAACAAGUCGAGAGUUUCUUUAACUCGCACAAUACUUUGCGUGGCGCGGACAUUAGGGUCCUUAAGAGGUUCAAAGUUAAGGGGAUUGUCGAUCUGAUGGUCGAGAAGAAGAAAUGCAAAUACGGACUUAAGAUUUCAUCGUCAGAAAAAGUCGACAGAGAGAACAGAUACUUACAGUUUAAAAUAAUCGGCCUGCCAUACCCUGGCUGUGAACACUUCAGCAAAUUCACCGAGAAUGGCUUCGAAGCUAGAGACCUGACAUUUUGCUGGGACCCCACAUUCUGUGAUGCCAACUUAAUAUUGCCGGGUUCACCGCCAAUCGAGACCACAUUGGAGAACGAGGCCUUCCGCCAUUGGGACACGGUGACCCUCACGCAAAAUUACCUGAAAUAUAUACUCAAUUAUUUAGAGAAAAGCGAUGACAGUAUAUUAGUGCACUGCAUCAGCGGUUGGGACAGGACUCCGCUGUUCAUUUCGCUGAUAAGACUGAGUUUAUGGGCCGACGGCCUGAUCCACCAGAAUCUCGACGAGUAUCAGAUAUUAUACUUUUGUAUAGCGUUCGAUUGGUUCCUGUUUUCCCAUCGGCUCAAGACCAGGAUAUCGAAAAAGGAGGAGAUAUUCUUUUUCUGCUUUUACAUGCUCAAAUUCAUCGAGGACGAUGAGUACAGCUUGGCAUCCCUAAACACCUCGGGCAGUGAAGACGAAUCCAACGGCAGGAAUCCAUCAGGAAGCUCGUUAUUGGAUGUGGGAUCAAACCAAGGGAGGAAAUCGUUGUCGCCACCCUCGCGGAAGAGUCCAGUGCAAAGGACGUCUCCCAUUAAUGUACCAGAUUCGGUUUCUGGUAACAGCAACAACGAUUGGCAACUCAUAACUGAAACUGGAUCGUAUUCAUCGCAAGACUUGAACUUGAAUCCGCAUUCCGCCACGUCGCCGUCCAGGGAGGGAUCGUUGUCGCCGGCUCGGCACAUCGGAAAAAGACAGCCUUUAACGAGGCGCAGCAGGCUUCAGAGGGUUCGGAAAAUCUUCUAUAAGACCUAUCACAAGACAAUUGGCCACACAACCGUUGGCUACACGAAACAAUCGUUCAUGUCUGGUAUUGUCAGAAGAAUAACCGGUUAUUAAUAAUAAUCCUUUUUAAUUUUAUUGACUGAUUAGUGUAAGGAUUUUUGUAUGUAGUCAAUAGUUAAUUUAUUUUUGUUAAAAUUUUUAAUGUGUUCAAAUCUUAAAAUUACAACCAAAGCCAAAUAGUGUUCCUUUAUAUUUAUAAAGCCAUAUCGACUGUGACUGAUAGAUUUAUAUUUUUGUAUUUAUUUGUCGAUAUCAAAAAUAUACUUACAGAUUCGCGUUUUAUAAAUUUAAAGGUUAAAUUUUCCAUGUUGUGAACUGCCAAAUCAAUUACAUCAUUUGUAAAAAGACUUUUAACAGUUACAUAAUAGUAAUUUUAUUAAAUCACUAUCGGAAACGCAUAUUUAUUGAUACGUGUUUUCGUUAGUGCUUGUAAUUGGUGGAAAACUGGAAACAUUUACUAUUCUGGGACGCAUAUUUACAAGACCUUUUGUUAACACUUCAAAUGUUCCCAACUCAUUUCUGCCAAUAGAAUCAGGUGUUUAGUAGGUUCACUCUAAUCACUACAAUUUUAACAAAGCUUCCAUGGAAGCUCCUAUGAAAUUAAAGAGGACUUUAAAUAUCCAUUUGUUCUUCCGAUUACAGAUGUCAUACUAAAUAACUUUGGACAAGUACACUGGAUAACUAACUAACUGUAUUGACAAUACACGAACGUAUAAUUAUUUAUUAAUUUUAUUCCAAUUGUUUUGAUGCUAUUUCAAACAUGCUUUAGCCUACUAAACUCCUACUUUUUUACAGUAUUUUUGUAUCAAACGUUACAUGUAAUUGACUUUCACAAGACUUAUAAUUCACAUUGAAUUUUUAAUAGUUAUAUUGUUAAAUCUGGUGGAUAAUUGCUCAUAAAGUCUAUUUAAGAGUACAUAUAUAACAUACAUGGCUCAUUCUAAAUGUACAUUGUAAGUGUUCCUAUAAAUUCAAAGAUGUUAUAAACUCCAUCAGUGACUAAAUGAAUGAAAAAUGUGUGUUUCACGUUGCAGUACUAGAAAAUUUGCAAUAAAUUGACAAUACUGGCAAAUCAGAGACUUUAAUAAUCUAUUUCCACAAAUGCAUUUAAUUUUUAACAUGAUGUGAUGUGUGAGUUGUUUACUUGUGAGCCAAUUGUUGAGAUUUAAAAGAAGUUAGCUUCGUCUGACUAUUUUUAUUCCACUAUUAAAUUUUAACCCAUCAGAUGUUGCUAAUGUUGAGUGAUAGUAUGCUUUAAGAUAUUAUUAUUGUGAUUUAUUGUGUGUUUAUUUAUAUUGUGCAAAAAAAAAACAUUGGGGGCCAUGGAAAGCAAGUGUUCUUCGAGGCUGAGUUUGCGAUGCUUGUGUUCCAUGGUUCCUUAAUAAACCAUAUUAGCGGCGAAGUCGACGAUUACAUGUUAAAAACUGUGUUAUUUUUAAUUGUGACGAAUAAAUGUUAUUUAUUCGUAUUAAAUGGCUUAAUUUAUAUGUAAAAAAAGUAAUUGGAUUGUCAUUUCAAAGAAAAAAUUGGAAAUUGAAAUAAAUUUUAUAUUUGUA